UGCUGUGUUUCGCUAUCGGUCGCGCCACGGAAGAUUUCGUGAAUUAAACGAGGAUCUUUUUAAACUCGGCUUUAAGAAAUUUUGGAGAAUUCAUUAACGCACGUUCUCGUACCACGAGCGCGCUCGAGCCGGUUUUUAAUACGCGCGCGCGCGCGCGCGCACACACACACACGCACGCACACACACCGUGGCAGCCUGACGGAACUUUAACGUUCUCAAGCCUCCAUAGAGGUUUAGUGUUACAAUACAUCUUGUUCUCGUGAGCACUGAAAGGACACACUUCAGGCGUAUCAGGUGUGAAGAUAUGAGGGAAAAGCUGUUGACGUUUCACCGCUUGGUGUUGUGCAUCUCCAUAACGCUAUUUUGGAGCACGCGGUCAGUAAGUGCAGACACCUCAACUGAUGCCUUCAAAAACAAUAUCACUCUCUUCACACGCAUCUUGGACAGACUCCUGGAUGGCUACGAUAACCGGCUCAGGCCUGGACUAGGAGAUCGGGUCACCACGGUGAAGACUGAUAUCUACGUUACCAGUUUUGGACCUGUUUCAGACACCGAUAUGGAAUACACAAUAGACGUGUUCUUCAGGCAGAGCUGGAAAGAUGAACGGUUAAAGUUUGAGGGACCAAUGAACAUCCUGCGUCUCAACAACCUGAUGGCCAGCAAAAUCUGGACUCCAGACACUUUCUUUCAUAAUGGGAAGAAAUCAGUGGCACACAACAUGACCAUGCCUAAUAAGCUCCUGCGUAUCCAGGAUGAUGGCACUCUGCUCUACACCAUGAGGUUGACAGUACAUGCUGAGUGUCCAAUGCAUCUGGAGGAUUUUCCCAUGGAUUUCCAUUCCUGUCCUCUCAAAUUUGGCAGCUAUGCAUACACAACAACCGAGGUGACAUACACCUGGACAAAGAAUGCCUCAAACUCAGUGGUGGUAGAGGGGGAGAGCUCCCGAUUAAACCAGUAUGACUUACUGGGACAGACUGUAGGCAAUGAGACAAUUAAAUCCAGCACUGGCGAGUACACCGUGAUGACAGCUCACUUCCAUCUGAAGAGGAAGAUUGGUUAUUUUGUGAUUCAGACCUACCUCCCAUGUAUCAUGACGGUCAUCCUCUCACAGGUCUCCUUUUGGCUCAAUCGUGAGUCUGUGCCUGCCAGGACUGUCUUUGGUGUGACGACCGUGCUGACCAUGACAACUCUGAGUAUUAGUGCCCGUAACUCAUUGCCUAAAGUGGCCUAUGCCACCGCCAUGGACUGGUUCAUUGCAGUGUGCUAUGCCUUUGUCUUCUCAGCCCUCAUUGAGUUUGCUACAGUUAACUAUUUCACCAAGCGUGGUUGGGCCUGGGAUGGCAAGAGCGUGGUCAAUGACAAGAAAAAGGAGAAAGCCUCUGUGAUUAAGAAAAACAAUGCAUACGCAGUGGCAGUUGCGAACUAUGCUCCGAACAUCACCAAGGACUCUGUCUUGCCCACCAUUGCAAAAGGCGGAGCUGCAGAUGUAGGCAAGGCCAAAACUGAGGGCAAACCAAUCGAGAACAAGAAAACCUUCAACAGCGUGAGUAAGAUCGACCGCAUGUCCCGCAUCAUGUUCCCUGUGCUCUUCGGAACCUUCAACCUGGUUUACUGGGCCACCUAUUUAAACAGAGAACCUGUUAUCAAGGACAUGGUCCCUUCCAACCAAUGAUGCUCUUUAGAUCCAGGACUAAAGAGAAAAGCCAAAAACCGUCCAGGGACUUCAUACACUCAUUUACUCAUGUAAGCAGUGUCUCGAUAUCCAGCCACAGAGCCGUGGACUGUUGAUUGUGUCUCCUCUAUUCUCUCUUUUCUACUGUUUUUCUGCUGCGCUUUUCAAAAUGUAAAUAUGUAUUUCUGCAGAAAAUUAUAUGCCCUGUAUGUUUUUUCUCCCCUGAAACGUGGCUGUUCGCAUUGAGUUCACUGUGUUUCAAUUUUGCUGUGAGUUCUGUGAAUGUUUGUGGAUUUUCCUGAAAUCAGACUUUGACCUUCUUCUGUGAUCUACUCUAGCAUAUUGUAUUGUACUGUUUAUGAUAUAGUUCAUUUAUUUUUUAGAAUUUAUCAUUACGACUGUAUUAUUUUACCUAUGUUUUUUUUGCAAUGGUGCUUGUAGACCUUUACCAUGAUGAUUAAGAGGUCUUGUAAGGAACUGGCAAAACAUGACCAGAGAAAAGAAACAUCAUAUUGCCAUCUACAAAUUAAAUCUCAUCCUUUACUGUGAAUGUAACCUUUUUUAUAUUGUUAUUUAAAAUUUAUUACAGAAAAUUAAGAACAGUAAAUGAUGACUUUUAAUUUAUUUAAAUCGGAAUUUUGUUAAAUAUUAGUUUUAAGUUCAUGCUGUUUAAAAUACAUAUUGUGCAUUUUACUUAUGUGGAAAGAAAUAAUGUGGUAUUUAUUAUGAACAAACAUUUCAGGCAGGGAAGAGGCGAAAACAUGUUAGCAGCACCACUUCCUAUAUAUGUUUGUGCAUUUAGUUAUUUCUUUCUAAAUUCCUUUUAAAUUCUUAACAUUUUCUUAACAAUCAAAGGAGAAACAAUUUGGCUAUCAAUAUGCUUGCAAUUAUUUAUUUAUUUAUUUAUUUAUUUAUUUAUUUAUUUAUUUUUUAUUCUUAUUUGUUUGUUUGUUUGUUUGUUUGUUUGUUUUUGUUUGUUUGUUUGUUUGUUAUGUUUUGUUGGCGUGGCAUAAUGUGGACCAAACACCUACAAGUGCUUCAAGUAAUGCAUGUUUACCCUCUAUAAUGAAGCUAAAUAUUUUUAUAUCUCUUUAUGUCAGAAAUAUGCUGGAUUAUGAAGUUGUUCCCCUGUGCAAGAUUGACCAUAAGAACAGUUUACUGUACCUGCACAGACUUACAGCACUGUGUCUGGUUUUAUUUUGGACAUUACAGUCAUGUUUAAAGGAAGGACACCAUUCCAUAUACAAAGCAUGAUGCAGUGUUGUCCAGGCUGUAAGAAGAAAAUGGCUGAAAUGGUGCAUUUAAAAGUUUGCAUGAGAUCAUUCCUUAUUUAUCUUCCUGCAUUUAAUGACAGAUUAAAUAAUAGAUGAUGUUAUUUAUUUAUAUGUCUGUCUGUCAGUCUGUUUCCCUGUCUUGUCUUUGUCUAUCUGUCUGUCUGUCGGUUAUCUAUCUAUUUGUCUCUCAUUAUGUAUUUUUUUUCUGGGAUUUCAAUUACAAUCAAGAUUUCUCAUCAGUUACUCCUUUUUUUAGUAGCUUUAAUUGUUUAAGCAGGUUGUGCAUCGUGUCUAUACAGAAAGAUGUUGGAGCAAUAAAAAAACAUUGCAAUGCUGGUUGCAGCUGCAUAUAUAUGGAAUGGAAUGUAUGGAAUAAUAAUACUUUAUAAAAGUCUCAUUUAAGUGGUUCAUUAACUUGUAGAUAGUACUGUAAUAUACGUUCAGAUAUGGAAAGUGCACAUUUAUUUAUUGGCUCUGUCCUUUGGCAGACAAGAAACAAUGGAAGUGUUUUUAUGUUGUUGUUGUUGUUUGUUGUUUACAUUUUGGUGAAUUUUCUGUGUUGAAAAUGAAUUUCUGUAAUGUGCUGUUAUGAUUUUAAUUCUAUUUUGACCGGUGAAUUGAAUGUCCCUUUUGACAUAUCAGAUGCAGCACAGGUUUGUUUUUUGUUUUGUUUUGUUUUGUUUUGUUUUUCUUCAAUAUAAUACCCAAUGAAUCUGGAAAG